AUGAGGACCUUUAGAGCAGUCUUCCUGAUCAGCAUGUUCCAGGUGCAUAAGAACUGGCUCCAGGGUGCCCUGAGACCAGAGAAAGAGGCAGACAGGUCCAGCAUUGUGCGGUUUUUUGGGUUAAUGUGUGAAACUGUGAGAUAUGAAAGACAUGAAGCAAAUGAAGUUUUAUACUAUCCUGACGAUAUUGGUACCUGCUGGUAUAUCCUUCUCUCUGGCUCCGUGUUCAUUAAGGAAUCCAUGUUUCUUCCAAGAAGCAGCUUUGGCAAGCGCUCUGCAGGAAGCUUUAGGCGGGGCUGUGAAUGCAUUGUUUUAGAGCCUUCUGAAAUGAUUGUGGUGGACUAUAUGGAUGAAAAUGAAGAAUAUUUUCAGCGUCAAGCCUCCCAUAGACAGUCACGAAGAAGAUUUAGGAAGAUCAACCAGAAAGGGGAAAGACAAACAAUUAUUGACACAGUGGAGCCUUACCCUGUGGGCAAACCACCUUUGCCCAGAGGCUAUCACACGGAAUGCACUAAACCUCAGGUAUUGUAAUUUGUGUGUGGUUUCCUAACACUAACCUAAGUUUAUUUGUGAAUUUGCUAUGUAACUAAUGAGUUUGUAAUAUUGGAUGUGUUUUGCUUGGUCUUGUCCUUUUGUAUUUUUCUCUGAUUAAGUAAAAUCUCUUAAAACUUUGAAACUUAAGGGUAGUAUAGAUUACUCUUUUUAUAUUGAUUUGGGGAUGGAUUGUCCACCUUCUUUGAAGAAAGAAUACAUGUGCAACCUACUUACUUUUAAGAAUGAAUGCAGCACUGCCCUUUACUAACUGCUUUCCAAAUAAAGGAAUAAAGAGAAAAAAACAGACAUGUUAGAAUUCUGCUCUUUGUGUGAGACCUCAUGGGAAAUUCAUUAGAAACUUACAUUUUAAAUACUGUAGAACACGUUAAUGCUUAGGAGUACCAGUAUGAGAGUCUACUGGAAAUUUUUUAAUCAGACAAAAAUAAAGGAGGUAAGAGUUUAAAAACUCUUGUAUUUUCUUAUCUGUAUUUUGUUUCUAGCCAGAUUUUAUACUUUUACUGCAUUCUAUAUUUUAGUUGAGAGACCUCUAAAGACUAUCCUUGCUUAUUUCCUUCAUGCUAAUGUACAUCAUUCACAUAUGAUUUUUCAAUGUUAGUCUUUGGAAGGUGGGAAUUAUAUGUGGAGUUAGGGAAUUUGAAAUUAAGGAAGAAAAACUCAUCUCUGGAAUGUAACUAGUAAAGUUUUAUUAUCAUAAAUAAUUAACUCCCAUUGAGGGAAUGUGUCAUUAAAUAUAGGAUGUUUGACUAUUUUGCUUGUAAGCAUGAUAUAUCUUUUUUUCUUUCUUCUUUUGGUACAACCUGAAUUUGAACUUGGAGCUUUGUACUUUCUAGACAGUUGCUCUACUGCUUGAGCCACCUCUAUAGUCUGAGUGUACUAAUUUUUAAAUAAUGUGGUAAAUCUAAAAUAUUUUGAUAAAAAUUUUAAAUCUGGCAAUUAUGUAAUUUCUGAAUUGUAUAACAUUUAAAAUGACAUCAGUGUUUUGAACUUUCACCUGAAAAGAGUAUACUUGAAAAUACAUAAUUUAAUAUUUUGAAAGAUAAUUCACUAUUGAUCCUCACCUUUUUUGGCAUGAAAAUUAACUGUGGUUUAAACCUUGAAUUUAGAAUCUACGCUGUGGUAUAAUUAUACUCUCUCUUUAAAGUUGGCUGUGUGGUAAUAGCUUAAAACAGAUCAUGAUGAUUUUCUUCAGAACACGAACCCUCACAUAGGCUGUGUAGAGCUUUCAAGACAUUGUUGUCAAGGCAAGUGUCUGAGCGAUGCACAAAAUAAGCAUUUUUAAAUGCAGUGAGAAGGGAAGGUUGGAGAUGACUUUCAUUAGCAUUUUCUUAAAUUUUGAUGAGAGGAGGUUAAGUCUGUAUUUAAAACUGCCCUCUCUACCCCCAAAGGAUGAAUUUCUAGUCUUUAGAGUAAGUAGAUCCCAGAGGCAGGAAAUAAAGGCCCCUGGCAGAGGCUGGAAGGUUUGGACUCACACUGUAAAGCACCUGAGGUAGGAUGUGCACAAGGAAUGCUUUACUCCGUCCCCAGGUUCAGAAUAGGAUGGGAAAGAAAGCUUUGUUGUUUUGCUUUCUUUACUUCAGCCCCUUCUGCAUUCAUGGGUAGUUUUGUCCAGCAGUUGGUAUGGGAGGGAGAUCCAAGCUCCAUGAUGAAAUGGAGAGGAGAGAUAGUAGAGUUGAAGGUGAGGAAAGACCACUUAACUUCAUCUUGUUGGAGUCCUGUGGCAAGCUGGCACAUGCCUCUUAAGUCAUCUUUCUCUCUUCUUCUGAGUUUAAUAAGAAAAAACAAACAACUCUUUCCUCUUCCCAAUUUGGAAAGAGCAAAAAUUGUACAGAAGAAUUGUUAGAAGACCAAAGAAAACUGGUCCUGUCCCACCUGUGGGGUUACAUGUUCCAACUGACAAUUCAGAAAUUUCCAGCCAUUUCAGCGCAAAAGUUUUGAAAUAAAACUCACCGGUCAUGUAAAAAGAUAUCUCCCACAUUGUCUAGUACGUGUCCUUUCCUAUAAUGGAAAUACAUAUUUACACGUAUUGACUUUUUAUCUUGAUGAGCUAUAAAGUUUUUGAUUGGGCUGGGCAUGGUGGUCCAUGCCUGUAGUUGUAGCACUUUGGAGGCUGAAGUAGGAGGAAGAUCGUAUGUUCAAGGCCAGCCUGCACUGAAUCUACCUCUAAAUAAAUAAAUAGGCUUUUGAAGAUCAGUCACAUUUUAUAAGAUUAUUCUUUAUAGUAAUUUAAGACAAAUUCUAUGUCUUAAUAUUGUCUGUUUAAGACAUCACUGUUUCUAGGAUUUGUCUUACGUAUCUCCUUGGUAGAUUUGUUUUUUAGCUUUUCUUUAUUUUAAAAUUUAAACUUGGACUGGAGGCAUGAAUCAAGUGAUAGAGUGCCUGCCUAGCAAGC